AAAAGACAGGGAAAAAUACAAUGAAAAGAACCCAAAUUUGAUGCUCAUUAUCCAAGGGGUAUACCAAUAUGAAUGAGAUCCCUCAAAUGCUUAUUAGGAAAGUGAUCAUAAUCUGAUAGAUGAUGUGUUAUCCUGCUAAGCCUCACGUGAUAGCCUUUUGAGUUUUGGCUUGUGGGGAGGUUGCUUUUCCAGGGGUAACGGCGGAGGAGUCGCCUUCUUGUGGGGGGCGCUUUCGUAAUUGGCGGAAACCAGUGGGUGUCGCGCAAGUUGGUUUCUGAUUCUCUGAAUAUUUGACGGAAGAAUUCAAACUUCAAACUGCUAGUGGUCUCCCUCAGAGGUCUCUCCGUUGAAAUCAAAAUGGAUUUGAAGCUGCAAGAAGAAGACGACGGCCUCUACUUUGCUGAUCUCAAUAAGCAGAUCUCGUUGCUCAUCAUGGAUGAUGAAGACCAGAGCCUGCAGCCGCUUUCCUUUAGCAGCAACCCCCCUACCUCUCUCCAGGCUGCUUCUCAUGCAUCACAGCCAGCAGGCAUGCCAUUUCCUGCUGUAUAUGAACUAUAUAUGAGAACAGAGAGCAAGGGUACUGGAGUUUUCAUCCCUCGUGCUACACUGCCAAGGAAGAAAUGUCGAUCUGGUAGAGCUAAUGCACCACACAGACAAAUGGCGAAGUCAGAGCAGAAUCCUAACUUAUCCAGCUUCUUUGAUAACCGUGCUUGCAUCUGCUGCAGUCAAAGGCCCUCAAGAGGAUGACUGCAUCAUGCCCUGCAUCUGUAGUUUUUAACUGUCAUUUCUAUUCUUUUCCCAUGUCAAAGGAUGCAAUAAAGAUCUUAGGGGGUUAUUUCAGAAGGCUGAAUGGUUCAUUCAACUCUCGAAGUGCUUAUCAUUCAUAGAUUGAAGGACUCAAUCUGGAUCAGAGCAAGUGUAAGUAAGCUACUAGUUUUGGGAUUGUAAGCUUCUAGAUAUUGAAAAAAGUGAAUAAUUAGUGUCUGACGUCACUUAUUCGUGGUCUCUAAGAAUUCCUUGAUAUAGGAGUUCCCUUAUAGCUUUAGCUUGUGUAUAAACAAUAAAAUUCCUUGAGAUUAGCGUGCACUUUCCUUCUCAUUUAAGCCAAUUAGGCAAAUGGAAACAUUGAUUUGUGAAUAAGAAUUUGAUUCAUCCA